GUGUAUGUAAAGACAACGCUAAGAACCUCAAUGCUGGAAUUUCACGGGUAUAAAACCUAUCGUACCACACGUUGGCUCGCUUUAUUCUCUACCAGCAUGAGAACGUUCCUGUUCGCCGUGUCCCUUCUGGCCACGCUUGCCAGUGCAAACUGGAUCGAAAUUGAUUGGAGGAAGGUACGUUCGAUCGAAGAUUUCGAUCACUACUGGGAUCGUUUGCCGACGGAAAUGAAGAUCUAUCGUCAGCGGCGUCCCUUCCAACGCAUCACUAACGGGCAGGAAGCGACCCCAGGCCAGUUCCCGUACCAGAUCGUACUUCUGAGUGACUUCCCGACCGGAACGGCCCUAUGCGGUGGUUCCGUGCUGACGCGUAACUUUAUCCUCACUGCUGCCCACUGCGUCGUGUCGGGAACGAACAAGGUGGUGUCGGGCGGUAUCGCCAUCAUGGGAGCGCACAACCGUACGAUUCAGGAGGCUUCCCAGCAGCGGAUCCGCUACACGGCCAGCGGCAUUCGGUACCAUCCACUGUACGUUUCGUCCACGCUGCGGUAUGACAUUGCCGUGGUGAUGCUGAAUUCUUCCAUCACCUUCACCGACCGCAUCCAACCGGUACGUUUGCCGGCCCGGUCGGAUACUCGUCAGUUUGGUGGGUUCGUUGGUACGCUGUCGGGAUUUGGGCGUACGACCGACGCUAGCCUAUCCAUCUCGACGGUCGUACGGUUCACAAGCAACCCGGUCAUGACCAAUGCGAACUGUAUUACGCGCUGGGGCUCCUCUAAUAUCCAGGACCAAAAUGUGUGUCUGAGCGGAACGGGAGGACGCUCGUCCUGCAAUGGAGACUCCGGCGGGCCGCUCACGGUGGAAUCGGGUGGACCGAUCCAGAUCGGCGUGGUAUCGUUUGUGUCGAUUCGUGGUUGUGAGGCCGGUAUGCCGUCCGUAUACUCGCGUGUGUCGUUCUAUCUGAACUGGGUUGAGAUUAACUCCGAUUUUGUGGCCCAACCGUAACUUUAGUGGACAGAAAUAGUAGGAUAAAGUAAGAUCAAUAGUUGGUAGUUGUAUUUACUGAUAAAAUAAUACUGAUUUAUUUGUAAAGAUAUCAAUAAAAUGUAGACUUAGAACGUUGAUUAUUUGAAUUCAAAA